AUGAGCGAAUCCAUUGGUUUCAUUGAAAAGUUGAAGAAUGCAGUAAACUUGGAGCAAAAGUCCGACGUUCUUUUGACGAAUUCAUACCUCGAAUCAUUUUCCUCAAAGAAGUUGGCUCAGUUUGGGUUGGCGGUGGUCAAUUUAGUAGUAGACAACGUGAAGACCGGUUUGGGUGGAAAGACUUUGCUCGAAUUGGUUGUUGAUCCGGCAUUGAAGAACAAUGAUGACAUACAGCUCGGGUCUUUGAGAGUCGGAGAUAUUGUAAAGCUAGACAAAAUGAGUAGUGCUGAAUCUUUAAAAUCCAAGAAAGCUCAAGAAAAUUCAUCCAAAGGAGCCAGUCCAGAGGAUGAGUCUCUUGAUGCGGUAGUCAUCAAGACUUCGUCGCAAUCGAUUACUAUCUCGAUAGAAGAAGACUCAACAGAAGACAAAGUUAUGAACCUAUACAAUAAUACCUCCAACGAUGGAGUAAGAAUGUGGAUAGUAAAACUCUCUAACAGCAUUACCUACAAGAGAAUGAUCUCCACAUUGAACAAGUUGGCUGAGCUAGACAACAAUCACAAUAAUGAUAUCGUUAAGCUAUUAUUGGGCCAAACCAAGUACGUUCCAAGGGGCUCCAACGCAAAUGUCAAGAGUUUCUUUGACUCCAACUUGAAUGAGUCGCAAAAGAAUGCUAUCAAUUUUGCCAUACAUGAUUCACCAAUAACUAUUAUUCAUGGUCCUCCAGGAACAGGAAAAACAUAUACAUUGAUUGAGCUCAUCAAGCAGCUAACUUUUAACCAUGGAGAAAGGGUUUUAGUCUGUGGGCCAUCCAAUAUUUCUGUGGAUACAAUUUUGGAACGCUUGUCUCCAAUAUUCCUCAUAAGAAUUGGCCAUCCUGCUAGAUUAUUAGCCAACAAUCUCCAGCACUCUUUGGAUAUUCUAUCAAAAACCAGUUUUGGAGCUGACCCCAGUGACAACAAGUCAAUUUUAAGAGACAUAGAAAAGGAUAUCGGUGAAACCCUUGGAAAAAUUAAGAAAUGCAAGAGAUAUUCAGAGAGAAGGGUACUUUGGGGUGAAUUAAAGCAAUUCAAGAAGGAGUUAAGAAUCAGGGAAAAGAAAAUCGUGCAAGACAUUUUAGUGAAUUCUCGUGUGGUUUUAUCAACACUUCAUGGAGCAGGAUCAUACGAAUUGACAUCUUUGUACAAAGAAGAUUCCUUGAAUUUCAAUCAUGAAAACCCGUUGUUUGACACUAUUAUAAUCGAUGAGGUUUCGCAGUCGUUGGAACCUCAGUGCUGGAUUCCGUUGGUAAAUCACAUUGGCUUCAAACGGUUAGUUAUCGCUGGAGAUAACAAGCAAUUGCCUCCAACAAUCAAAUCUAAAGAAGAGGUGGAAAGACUUUUAGGUAACUUGAGCUUGGACAAUAUCUCCAAACAAAAAGAGCCUGAAGCUAAUACAGCUAACUUGGAAUUAACAUUGUUUGACAGAUUGGUUAGGGAUCAUGAAGGUGACAAGUUCAAAAAGCUUUUGGACACACAAUACCGCAUGAAUGAAGCAAUCAUGAAAUUCCCAUCUUUGGAGUUGUAUGAAGGAAAACUUAAAGCACAUGAAUCGGUUAGAAACAUCAAGCUUACAGAUUUACCCAACAUUGAUGAGAACGAUGAUACACUUGCUACUUGUGUGUGGUACGAUACACAAGGGGGCGACUUUCCAGAAAGGACUAGUGGAGAGGAUGACGACAAGAACGCAGGGGCAAGAUCUGGGGGCUUAGUUGAGGCUGGGUCCAAAUACAACGAAAUGGAGGCUCUAUUGGUUGUGAAGCAUUUAAAAAAACUAUUGGGGUAUGGAGUGGCCCCAGAACAUAUCGGUGUGAUAUCACCCUACAGUGCCCAGGUCAAUAUUGUCAAGAAAGCACUCCAACAUGAAGCAUCGGCGUAUUCUAGAAUCGAAGUCUCGACCGUGGAUGGGUUUCAAGGACGAGAAAAGGAGAUUAUCAUCAUAUCCCUCGUGCGAUCAAACGACGCGUUUGAGGUUGGAUUUUUACGGGACGAAAGAAGAUUGAAUGUUGCAAUGACCCGCCCCAAACGCCAAUUGUGUGUGGUUGGGAACAUAGAGGUUAUUGGCCAGAGUGGCUUCGGGUUUUUAGAGAAGUGGGCUGCGUAUGUGGAAGAUGGAGACAACGGCUACGAGGUGUACUAUCCAGAUUUGGGAGACUAUUAA